UGGCGGCGCCCAGUAUUGCUAUGGACAUCCGUCAUCAAAGUAACUUGAAACUCAGCAAAACUGAAAAGAAGUUCUUAAGGAAACAGAAUAAAGCCAGGAAUACCCUGCUGAGACAUGAAGGCAUUGAGACUGUGUCCUAUGCCACUCAGAGCCUGGUGAUUGCCAACGGCGGUCUAGGUAAUGGAGUGAGUAGGAAGCAGCUGCUCCCGCUUUUCCAGGGGUGUGGAACUGUGGAUGCUCUCUUAAUGCCACCCAACAAACCCUACUCCUUUGUAACAUAUGAGACUACAGAAGAAGCCAGGAACGCUUAUGUGGCCCUCCAUGGAAAAGAAAUAGUGGGUGAUUUAGGACAGAAGAUCAUUCUAUACUUGAAUUUUGUGGAAAAAGCACAAUGGAAGGCAUUGGGGCUUCCUGGCUUGCCCCCAGGCCUCUUGGUUGUAGAAGAAAUCAUUUCUUCUGAGGAAGAGAAGAUGCUACUGGAAAGUAUUAAUUGGGAAGAAAACACAGACAAUAAAAAUUGUCAGAAAUCUUUGAAGCAUAGACGAGUAAAGCAUUUUGGUUAUGAGUUCCACUAUGAGAACAACCAUGUAGAUAUAGACAAGCCGUUACCUGGGGGCCUUCCUGACAUUUGUGAGCACAUGUUGGAGAAAUGGUUGAAGGAAGGUUACAUUAAACAUAAACCUGAUCAGUUGACUAUAAAUCAGUAUGAACCUGGGCAUGGAAUUCCUGCUCAUAUCGACACACACUCUGCUUUUGAAGAUGAGAUUGUUUCUCUCAGUUUGGGGUCAGAGAUUGUUAUGGAUUUUAAGCAUCCAGAUGGUGUCAGUGUGCAAGUUAUGUUACCUCGUCGGAGUUUGCUGGUGAUGACAGGAGAAUGUAGAUAUCUUUGGACCCAUGGAAUCACACCCAGGAAAUUUGACACUGUUCAAGCAUCCGAGCAUUACAGAAGUGGAAUUAUCACCAGUGAUAUUGGAGACUUAACUCUAAGCAAGAGAGGAGUACGGACUUCAUUUACAUUUAGGAAAGUGAGGCGCACACCUUGUAACUGUAAUUAUUCUCUGGUCUGUGAUGGCCAGAGCAAAGAGAGGCCUCCGUCAUUUCCAGAGAGUGAUAGAGAGGCGUCCCGGCUGGAGCAGGAGUAUGUCCACCGCGUGUAUGAAGAGAUUGCCGGGCACUUUAGCAGCACCAGGCACACUCCUUGGCCACGCAUCGUGGAGUUUUUGAAGGCUUUGCCAAGUGGCUCGGUAGUGGCUGAUAUCGGAUGUGGAAAUGGAAAGUACCUUGGUAUCAAUAAGGAGUUAUAUAUGAUCGGCUGUGAUCGCAGUGAAAACCUUGUGGCCAUCUGUAGAGAGAGGCAGUUUCAGGCCUUCGUGGGCGAUGCGCUGGCGGUUCCGGUGCGCAGUGGCUCCUGUGAUGCCUGCAUCUCUAUUGCUGUCAUCCAUCACUUCGCGACUGCCGAGCGCAGAGUGGCAGCUAUCCAAGAACUUGUUCGACUGUUGAGGCCUGGUGGUACCGCACUCAUUUAUGUCUGGGCAAUGGAACAAGAAUAUAACAAUCAGAAGUCCAAGUAUCUUAGAGGAAACGGAAUUAGCCAAGGAACGAGAGAGGAGAUCACCAGUGCUACCUCUGCAAGCCCCUCCCUGAAUGAUGUUCAGGAGGGAGGGGGUAAGUCAAGUGGAGGAACCAGGUCGGAGCUGCCUAUUCAUACGAAUAGGACUUCUUUUCAUUCUCAAGAUGUCCUGGUUCCCUGGCACCUCAAAGGGAACCCUGGUAAAGACAAGGCCACUGUGCCAUUUGGUUCCACAGAAGCCCAGAAACCAGGUCCCAUCUGUCACCGGUACUACCACGUGUUCUGUGGCGGGGAGUUGGAAGCUGCCUGCCAGACGCUGGGAAAUGUCAGCAUUCUGAAGAGCUACUACGAUCAGGGCAACUGGUGUGUCAUUCUUCAAAGGGGCUGACUCUGCAACAAAGAUGUCGAAUGGGGAAGAAAUAAAUAUACCUAGAAUUUCUUUUUUUAAAAAGGGACUGAACUGAUUGUCCUUUUAAUUAAAGAAAAUACUUGUGGCGAUGUACCGAAGGAGAGUUUCUCAGAGAAAUUUGGAAGUAGACAUUAUUGAAGAAACCUUCAGUUUGACACCAAGACUUUAUAAUUGUCGCCUCUUCCUGCACAGCUGCUAAGAGUGGUGCUUCAUUAUGCUUGAAAUUAUGCAGGAAAGGCGAGGAUGCUUGCAAUGGAGGCGGGAAUACAGCAUUCCCAAGGUAACCUCUUGCUGGAAAAUGUGGUUCAGAGGCCUGAAUGGCAUGAUUUAGUGAAUUAAUAAAGAAAAUGUUUUCGUCAGUAGGAUAGAGCUUAGCCACAUAGUCAUGGAUGCACAGUAAAAAUUUUCUUAAAUUUAAAUUUAAAUUUUGAGCAAAUGAGCACCUUCCUUAUUAACUAGUAUGUGGGUAAAUUAACUACUAGAAUAUACUUAAAACUCAUUUUGGCUAGAGUGCUCUAAGUAAGUAUUACUUGAGUAGUUGAAAGUAUUUAGUUGCUUAGAUUUUUAGUAACAGUGAAUAAGUCAGGUUUGGGAUUCUUUUUAUUUUUGUCUAAGGCCAGGACUUGAACUUGGUACCUGAUACUUUUGCUCAUUGGUUGGUACUCUACCAACUGAGCCCUACCUCCAGUCCCAGGUUUUAGAUUCUUGAUCUGCACUUGAAUACAAAGCUCUUAGUUUUUUGUGCUAGUGGUGGGGCUCAAACUCAGA